AACUUCCACGAUCUGCCUCGAACUUGUGCCUCUUUCCUCCACUCCGCCUCGUAUUGCGAGUCCAGCACCACCUGACGACCGCAUCUGCGAGCAGGCGCGUUUGGCCCGACACUCGUUCACUACCAACUUCAUCGCAUCGUUGACCUGCAGCACACUGCAGACUCGACUUGCACGCACGCAAGUUUUUCGCACGGGAGGAUCGGAAGCUGUGGGUUGCACGCCCGCCCGCCGCCAAUCAGCGCAGCCAAUCGAGGAGACGCAUUGGCAGCCUCCAACGCGCGUUCGUUCACACAGCAACAGCACCACCUUCCCUCCGCACUCUCUCACAACACCGACCGCCGCAGCGCCUGGCUGUGUUUGUUACCAUCAGUUUGUUUUAGCAUCGGCGGGCCCUGCUCUCACUGCUCCUGCCCUGCCCGGGGUCCUGUCGCCUGGAACCCGCCAACGUUCGCUUGCUCUGCACCAGCAGCAGCGCCAACAACACCACACCCGCUCGCUCGACCAUCAGGCCUCCACCGUCCGCGCGGGGACAGCAGCACCGACUCCGCUGUCCGGCUCUCUCGCACUGCAUCUCCCAUGCUGCACGUUUGAACGUAAUAUCUAAUUCCGCAUUCUCCGCCCAUCAUGGCGCACCCUCAACAGCAGGGCGGCUACGAUGAUGGCUACGGUGCCCAACACCCACAUGAUGCUCAUGGGGCGCAAGAUGGUUACUACCACGAUGACCAGGCAUACUACGACCAGCAGGGUGGCUAUGGUCAGGGACACGAUGGAUACUAUGAUGACAAUGGCUACUACCAGGGCGGCCACGACGGCUACGGCCAGGACGGCUAUUACGAUGCCCCAGGUCAGCAAGGCUAUCAAGAUGAGUACUACAACGAUCAGUACUACGACCAAGGAGCUCCCGCUGCAGGCCAGUACCAGCAACAAGGUCGUGGAUACGGCGGUCAGCGUAGGAGCGGCCGACGCGGUCACGACUCCGAGGAGGAUUCCGAGACUUUCAGCGACUUCACCAUGAGGUCAGACAUGGCUCGCGCCGCAGAGAUGGACUACUACGGACGCGGCGAUGAGAGAAUCAACUCGUACGGCGAUGGAACCGGCCGAGGAUACCGACCGCCAUCAUCGCAGGUCUCCUAUGGUGGCAACCGAUCCUCUGGCGCCUCCACCCCGGUUUACGGCAUGGACUACACCAGUGCCUUGCCAGCUGGCCAACGGUCUAGAGAGCCAUACCCAGCCUGGACGUCAGAUGCUCAGAUUCCGCUCUCCAAGGAGGAGAUUGAAGACAUUUUCCUGGAUCUGACAGCCAAAUUUGGUUUCCAACGCGACAGUAUGCGCAACAUGUUCGAUCAUUUCAUGACUCUUCUCGACUCCCGCGCUUCUCGUAUGUCGCCUAAUCAAGCGCUCCUUUCCCUUCACGCAGACUACAUUGGUGGCGAGAAUGCCAAUUUCAGAAGAUGGUACUUUGCCGCACAUCUCGAUCUCGACGAUGCUGUCGGAUUCGCCAACAUGAAGCUCGGAAAAGCCAACAGAGCGACGAGAAAGGCGCGAAAGGCGGCCAAGAAGAAGAAGCAAGAGACGAGUCCUGAGAAUGAAGAAGCGACUCUCGAGAGUCUCGAGGGAGAUAACAGCUUGGAAGCUGCUGAAUACCGCUGGAAGACCCGCAUGAACCGCAUGUCCCAGCACGACCGAACUCGACAGAUUGCCUUGUACCUGCUGUGUUGGGGAGAAGCCAACCAGGUGCGCUACAUGCCUGAGAUCAUGGCAUUCAUUUUCAAGUGCGCAGAUGACUUCUACCACUCUCCAGCAUGCCAAAACCGCGUCGAGCCAGUCGAGGAGUUCACCUACCUCAACAGAUGCAUUACACCUCUGUACAACUACUGCAGAGACCAAGGCUACGAAAUCUUCGACGGCAAGUAUGUCCGCAAAGAGCGUGAUCACCAGAAGGUCAUCGGAUACGAUGACAUGAACCAGCUUUUCUGGUACCCCGAAGGAAUCGAGCGCAUCGUCUUUGAGGAUAAGACCCGACUGGUCGACCUGCCACCCGCUGAGAGAUACGAACGCCUUGGAGACGUGAUUUGGAAGAAGGCCUUCUUCAAGACAUACAAAGAGACUCGGUCGUGGUUCCACAUGUUGACGAACUUCAAUCGUAUUUGGGUCAUCCACGUCUGUAUCUUCUGGUUCUACACUGCCUUCAACUCGCCAACUUUGUACACCGCAAACUACCAGCAACAGCUCAACAACAAGCCAAACGCUGCUGCUCAGUGGUCCGCCGUCGCUUUGGGAGGCACUCUCGCUUGCCUGAUCCAAAUCUUCGCCACUCUGGUUGAAUGGAUGUACGUGCCACGCCGAUGGGCUGGCGCACAACACUUGACGAAGCGUUUGUUCUUCCUCCUCGGCAUGUUCGCGCUCAACGUCGCUCCCUCGGUCUACAUUUUCAUCGUCUCGCAGAAGGGUAAGAUCGCACUCAUCCUGGGUGUCGUUCAGUUCCUAAUUGCUCUGGCCACGGUCUUCUUCUUCGCCAUCAUGCCGCUUGGAGGACUUUUCGGCAGCUACCUGAACGGCAAGCGACGACAAUAUGUGUCUUCGCAGACAUUCACGGCGAGCUACCCGCGCCUGACAGGAAACGACAUGUGGAUGUCUUACGGCAUGUGGGUUCUGGUCUUUGCUGCGAAGCUUGCCGAAUCCUACUUCUUCUUGACCCUCUCGUUCCGUGAUCCUAUCCGUAUCCUGUCUACGAUGAAGAUCGAGAACUGUCUCGGAGACAAGUUGAUUGGUACCAUCCUGUGUUACCAUCAGCCGACUGUCCUCCUGAUCCUGAUGUACUUCACGGAUCUGAUUCUGUUCUUCUUGGAUACAUAUCUCUGGUAUGUCAUCUGGAACUGCGUCUUUUCGGUCGCACGGUCUUUCUACCUUGGUGUGUCUAUCUGGACACCGUGGAGAAAUAUCUUCUCUCGUCUGCCGAAGCGAAUUUACUCCAAGGUAUUAGCCACCACCGACAUGGAAAUCAAAUACAAGCCAAAGGUCCUCAUCUCGCAGAUCUGGAACGCCAUUGUCAUUUCCAUGUACCGUGAGCAUUUGCUUGCUAUCGAUCACGUACAGAAACUGCUCUACCAUCAAGUGCCAUCGGAGCAGGAGGGCAAGCGCACGCUUCGUGCACCAACCUUCUUCGUUUCCCAGGAAGAUCAUUCCUUCAAGACUGAGUUCUUCCCAGCCCAAUCCGAGGCGGAGCGACGCAUCUCUUUCUUCGCCCAGUCCCUCUCGACACCAAUUCCGGAGCCGCUGCCUGUUGAUAACAUGCCAACCUUUACGGUCAUGAUUCCCCAUUACGGCGAGAAGAUUCUCUUGUCUCUGCGUGAGAUCAUCCGCGAAGAUGAGCCAUACUCGCGUGUUACCAUGUUGGAGUACUUGAAGCAGCUGCACCCUCACGAGUGGGAUUGUUUCGUCAAGGACACGAAGAUCCUCGCCGAUGAGACUUCGCAGUUCAACGGCGACUACGAGAAGAACGAGAAGGACACCCAGAAGAGCAAGAUCGACGACUUGCCCUUCUACUGCAUUGGUUUCAAGUCUGCCGCGCCAGAAUACACCCUGCGCACUCGUAUUUGGGCAUCACUGCGUUCGCAAACUCUCUACCGUACCAUCUCGGGUUUCAUGAACUACAGCCGAGCCAUCAAGCUGUUGUACCGUGUCGAGAACCCGGAAGUCGUCCAGAUGUUCGGUGGCAAUUCCGACAAGCUCGAGCGCGAACUCGAGCGCAUGGCGCGCCGCAAGUUCAAGAUUGUCGUCUCCAUGCAGCGUUACGCCAAAUUCUCGAAGGAGGAGCGUGAAAACGCAGAAUUCCUGCUCCGUGCAUACCCAGAUCUUCAGAUUGCUUAUCUCGACGAGGAGCCGGCGACGGAAGAGGGUGAGGAUCCAAAGCUUUACUCCGCCCUCAUCGAUGGUCACUCCGAGCUCAUGGACAAUGGCAUGCGUCGACCAAAAUUCCGCAUUAUGUUGUCUGGUAACCCAAUUCUUGGUGACGGAAAAUCCGACAACCAGAACCACUGCCUCAUCUUCUACCGCGGAGAGUACAUCCAGCUUAUCGAUGCCAACCAGGACAACUACUUGGAAGAGUGCUUGAAGAUUCGAUCCGUGCUCGCUGAAUUCGAGGAAAUGACCACUGAUAAUGUCUCGCCAUACACACCUGGACUUCCACCUACCAAGUUCAACCCUGUUGCUAUUCUCGGAGCCCGCGAGUACAUCUUCUCUGAGAACAUCGGUAUUCUCGGUGACGUUGCUGCCGGAAAAGAACAGACCUUUGGUACCCUCUUCGCUCGUACUCUGGCCCAAAUCGGUGGAAAGCUCCACUAUGGUCACCCCGAUUUCCUCAACGGUAUCUUCAUGACAACUCGUGGCGGUGUUUCCAAGGCUCAAAAGGGUCUGCACCUGAACGAGGAUAUUUAUGCUGGUAUGAACGCAAUCCUCCGUGGUGGACGUAUCAAGCACUGCGAAUACUACCAGUGUGGCAAGGGUCGUGAUCUUGGAUUUGGCUCCAUUCUCAACUUCACAACCAAGAUCGGUACUGGUAUGGGAGAGCAAAUGUUGUCUCGCGAGUACUACUACCUCGGAACUCAACUGCCUCUGGACCGCUUCCUGUCGUUCUACUACGCUCACCCUGGCUUCCACAUCAACAACCUGUUCGUCAUGUUGUCGGUGCAGCUGUUCAUGUGGGUUCUGCUCAACCUCGGUGCCCUUCGCCACGAGACAAUCUCCUGCCGAUACAACCGCGACGUUCCCAUCACCGAUCCGCUCUUCCCAACUGGCUGCGCUAAUAUCGUCCCUAUUAUGGACUGGGUACAGCGUUGCAUUGUCUCCAUCUUCAUCGUUUUCUUCAUCUCCUUCGUGCCUCUCACGAUUCAGGAGUUGACCGAGCGUGGAUUCUGGCGCGCAGCGACCCGUCUGGCCAAGCACUUCUCAUCUCUGUCACCACUCUUCGAGGUGUUUGUGACUCAGAUCUACGCCUACUCGCUCCAGCAGGAUCUGUCCUUCGGUGGUGCCCGCUACAUUGGUACUGGACGUGGUUUCGCAACUGCCCGCAUGCCAUUUGGUGUACUCUACUCUCGAUUCGCCGGACCAUCCAUCUACUUGGGCGCUCGUCUUCUGUUGAUGCUGCUCUUCGGUACACUGACGGUCUGGGGCUACUGGCUGCUCUGGUUCUGGGUGUCUAUCUUGGCACUCUGCAUUUGCCCCUUCCUCUUCAACCCACACCAGUUCGCCUGGGCAGAUUUCUUCAUCGACUACCGCGAGUUCCUCCGCUGGCUCUCCCGGGGCAACACAAAGGCGCACUCUGCUUCCUGGAUUGGCUUCGUUCGUCUUUCACGUACCAGGCUCACUGGUUUCAAGCGAAAGGCCCUCGGCGAGCCUUCAGCAAAACUUUCUGGCGACACGCCUCGUUCCAAGUUCACCAAUGUGUUCUUUAGUGAGAUCAUCGGUCCGCUUGUUUUCGUUGCCGUCACACUCAUCCCAUAUCUGUUCAUCAACGCCGGUGUCGGAGUCAUCGAUGAGAACAACCAGGAUGGACAGGAUCUGACGCCAACAAGCUCGCUCAUCCGUGUUGGUAUCUGCGCCUUCGGCCCCAUCGGUGUCAAUGCUGGUGUUGCCAUCGGAUUCUUCGGCAUGGCAUGCUGUAUGGGCCCGGUGCUCAGCAUGUGCUGCAAGAAGUUCGGAGCAGUCCUGGCAGCAAUCGCUCACGCCAUUGCCGUCAUUAUGCUGUUGGCAUUCUGGGAAGUCAUGUUCUUCCUCGAGAGCUGGAGUUUCGCCAAGGCUCUCAUCGGCAUGAUCGCAGUCGUUGCCAUUCAGCGCUUCGUGUUCAAGCUCAUCAUCUGCCUCGCACUGACGAGAGAAUUCCGCGCCGAUACGUCCAACAUAGCAUGGUGGACCGGAAAGUGGUACGCUCUUGGAUGGCAUACCAUCUCGCAGCCCGGCCGUGAGUUCCUGUGUAAGAUCACCGAGAUGGGUUUCUUCGCAGCGGACUUCUGCUUGGGACACGUCCUGCUUUUCUUCAUGUUGCCACCGCUCUUGAUCCCGUACGUGGACAAGUUCCACUCGGUCAUGCUGUUCUGGCUACGACCUAGUCGCCAAAUCCGCCCGCCGAUCUACUCGCUCAAGCAAUCGAAGCUCCGACGAAGACGUGUGAUCCGAUACGCGAUUCUCUACUUCUCGAUGUUCGUAUUGUUCCUGGUCCUGGUUGUCGGUCCAAUCAUCGUCAAGAAGUUCAUGGACAUUCCCAAGAUCCACGUCAUGAACCUCCAACAGCCAAACGACUGGAACAACAACGACACCUCCGCUUCUGAGACCGGUACAGCCGUCAAUGGAGGUGCGGAGGCGACUGCGUCAUCAGAUGCAUCCAGACUCAUGGCGAGGAUGAUGCAGCACGCCUAUCAGCAGAUGUAGGCGCAUCUACAAAUCCGCCUUUACGACAACGGCCGAAUAGAAACACUACGACUCUCAGAUUGCAUGUCACAUAUACACAUCUGCUUGCCCUACUCGAUUCGCGAUUUCGCGGUCGGGUCGUUCCAUGUACCAUCACCGUCACUCGGAGUCCAAGGGCGCUCCACAUCACAUCAGAUCAUCACCAACCGGCGCGUUGGGCCUGAGAGGAUGGAAUAGUGCCGCGUAAUGAUUGAAAAAUAAGUAACUGGUGUAAUUCACAUUAUACAUUGAGUUGGGAAGGGCACGGCAGGGCAUCUGGGAAAGGCGUUCAAAGUUAUAUGAUAUGUGCAUUCGUCACUGCGCUCUUCAUUGUUUGCUCGCACAUGGGCUGUUCCAACGUGGUAUUGGGUAGGAACAGCAAUGUUGUAGCAGACAACGUUUGUUGAUAGACAGAAAUCAAAAACAUCUGUACGCAACGA